AUGGCAGUGGAGAGGAAACCUCGCAAACGUACUUCUACAGCUGAAAAGGGAAGCAAGACGCAUUUACCAGAAAACAAGAAAGAGGUCGACACGCGUGAGUAUGGAGAGGCUGAGAAGCUGGCCGACAAGGGUAUCCUCGAAAAAUCAAUGAGAGGAUACGAAGACUUACAGAAGGUUUCAAAGGAAACUCCUGUACGGCGCGAAGAGGUGAUCUCGCCACAAUUGCCCAGAGCAUAUUUAGUUUAUGCGGCACGAGCGAAAAUUCUCGGUUCGACGGAAAUCCAUGUGAAACGGGACAGUACAAUCGCAAUAGCUUGUUCGGUGAACACUCAUGCUUUAUCCGUUACUUGGUAUCACGGUGUUUCGGUUGUUGACUUUGAUUCUCAGCGUGGCGGAAUCAGUCUUGAGACAGAAAAAACGGAUGUGGGCACCACUAGUCGUUUAAUGCUGACGCGUGCUUCGUUACGUGACUCCGGCAAUUAUACUUGCAUACCAAUGGGCGCAAUACCAGCAUCUGUAAGGGUGCAUGUACUGACUGGUGAACAGCCAGCGGCUAUGCAAACCAGCGCAAGCUGCGUUCUUACGCCAACUGCUGUAUAUUUAACAACUGCAGGAUUAAGCAUCUUAAUCCUUUUAUAUUGGCAUCAAUACUCAACCAUAUCACAAACGACUUCCAUACACGCUAACCGAGACAUGCAUCAUCGAAGAACUUACUCUUAAAAUAUGUGAAGAUGUCUAGUGUUGAUGUAUCUACUUAUGCAGAGAUGAACCGGUUUUCUUAGUAUAGAACAGAGCAACACAUUAUUUGAAGAAAACAAUAAUAAUAAAAGAAAUACUUUAAAUAACAAUAACCAUAAUAAUAAUAAAACAAUAAUUAUAGACAUGAUAAUACAGUUAAAUAAAAAUAAUAUAAAUGCUAUUUUAAAAAACUAACUAUACUACUAAACUCGGGAAUAAGUAAUAUUAAAAAAGGGAUAGGACAACAUGUGAUGGAUGAUUUCGGGAAAUAUAAUGAGAUGAACUUAUAUCUAUUAAAAAUUAGCAUAAUGUAAUUAAUGUUAAAAAUGUGAAUACGGCUAAUAAUGACGAACUAAACACUAUACCGGCAAAAAUUUUGCCCUUUUCGAUUGGCGAAUGUUCAGAUAAUUCCAUUUUUUAUCAUCAAAUGUUAAAUAUGAUACAUAACAAAAACCAAAAAUUUCAAAAUUAGAUUAGUGUUGAAUGAAAUUUUUAUUAAAAGGUGUAAAUAUAAUAAGUUUUUCUUUUGACGCUUUCAGUUUAAAAAAAAUCAUAGUCAAAUAUACAUUGGUUUUAUGUACCAUGCACAAAACAUGAUGUUGAUAAAAAUAUGCUUCCCCUCCGCAUUAAAAAUUUAAAGACUUUA